UCACUUAGGCGUGAUACCUUGCUAGUAUUAAGUAUCGUUUGCGUAUUUUUGGAAGUUUUAAAACAAGUGACUGUCAACGUAAUGUUCAACAUCUGCAGUUUCAUAUAAACUUGUUAAAAUGUUAUUUCAAAAUCACUUGUAAAUUAAUUAAGCGGUUCAACCGUUUUGUAACUACAUUUCAUUAUGAUCUUAUUACGUUAAUAUCAAAUCAAAAUGUCGCGCUCACCGAUUUCGUCCAGGAACGGUAAGCAUCCUCUUCUGUCUUCUUUUCAACAGCUGCAUUUACUAUGACCAACCCACUAAAAAUGGUUAAUCGUUUCUUAACUGUAAUUAAUUAUUCGCUUAUAGUGAUCGACAAGAGUCGAAAAUCAUCAAAAUUGUUUAAAUGUAAAAAGUCGUUCAGCGCAGCAGGACAUAAAUCCACAUCGAACACAAUAAUUCAGGAUCGUUUAAUGGGAGGCGCGGACAUAUCGGAAGCUGUGGAGAACAGAUCAGGCGUGGUGACGGAAAACAUUAAAGAAUCAGCUUCCACCCAUGCCGUAGACCAAGAAAAAGAUACUUCUAACUUGCAAAAUGGAAGACCCGCAACUUCCGGUGGACCGUGUUGUUCUUGUAUCGCGCAAGUGCCAGGAGCAAUUGGAGAUCAGAAGGUGGAUGAAAUGAUCGAUUUCGUGCACCAGAACUUACAAGAAGCCGGUAAAGCAUUGGCCACCUUAAGCGAGAACUUUGAACACGAUUCAAAGCUGAUGUUCGUCGACAUACUAGGUCGGAUACAACAGUGGACUUCUUCAGUAGAAAAGAAGCUGGAGGACUGCAAAAAGGCACUAGAGCUGAUGCGCAAAGAACUGAUGGCACGGCUCUGCGAGAUUGAGAACUUGAAGAAGCAGUUGACGGACUGCGAGGCCGCACGCAAUACGGAACGUGAGAAGCAACAAGUGUCACAUCAAACGCAACAUCAAAUGCAACACCAAACGCAAGUUGAACAACAUGUGGAGGAACGAGCAGUUGUUACUGAAACACCCAAAGAACAGGAAUCUGUCCUUAUUCCAGUUGUUGAGCAAAGAAUUAAGGAACCUGUAGAUCAGUUUGUCGCUCAAUCACCCGCGGCACAAGAACCGAAAGUUAUUGAGAUCGUUUGCACGGAUGCAGCCAUUCAAUCGACAAUGAAAGACAAGGAAAGAAUGCGACGGGAAAUUGAGCUCGAAGCAGAAAUAACACGACUAAAGAAAGAAAACCAGCGUAUUGUGAAGGAACGCGCUGAAUACGAAAACGCGAUACAACGAGCGUUGUUGAGAGGGGUUUCUUGCUUGAACGUUGAAGCAUUGAGGGUGUUGCGUUCACCGCCAAUUCCGUGUUGCACCCCUUGUACUCCUUGUCCUACUGAUAACACGUUAGUGAAAAUUUGUCUAUUUAUUUAAUUAUGAACAUAUCCUCAUCGAGAUCCCUAAAAUAAAUAGAAAAUAUUAAAAAUAAUUCAAUACUAAAAUAUUAAUAAUGAUACUUUAUAAUUAUUAUUAUUGUUCGAAAUAAUUAACAGCUAAUUUUUCUAAUGAUUGUUUUGUGCUAAAAAUUUAACAUAGCUCUGACGUUAUAACGUGAAUAUCACUGUCGCUUACAUUUUAUCACAAGAUUUUGUAACAACUUUUCUUUCCUUGUUCGUGCCUAUUUUUUUAUUGCAGUCGGUGGUGCAAUCUGCAAUGUAUUCAUUGCGACAAACGAUAUGUAAUGUCUUAACUUUUAUUGCUUCGAGAUACCAAUGAGUCAUCGUUUCAGAGUCAACAAUUGAAAGCUGAAGCCAAGUAUUUUAAGUUCGCAUGAAUCUUCAUAUAUUGUGCCUGUUUCUGCGACUUUGGUAACUUGGCCUUUCUAAAUUUGUACCGGUUCGCUAUCAUGUCUCAUGACUACAUACAGCGUGUCCGUUAUUCUUGAGGGAGGUAAAUUCCUUUUUCCAAAUCAUUCAUUCAAAAAAUAUAACCAAACCAAUUGUCAAUGCGUUCCAAUACAAUCCAACAAUCUACAAAACACUCGAUCUUCAAAUACGUUGCACACAUAAAUUUACAACAAAAACGAAACUAAAAGCAGCUAUCAAAAAACAAAUGUUUUUACCCCACCAUGGACACAGUGCAUGUAGCUCAGCGAUCCGCGAGAUCAAUAGGUCACGUCUGUCAAGGAUCUACUUCACGACCGCGCACC